UGUUCUUUGCAAGAUGGCGGACGGGGUGCUGAGCGCCGGCGUGAACCUGGAGGCCUUCGCGCAGGCCAUAGCCGCCAUCCAGGCGCUGCGCUCCAGCGUGACGCGGGUGUUCGAUUGCCUCAAGGAGGGCCGGCGGCACAAGGAGGCCGUGGAGGGCCGCGAGAAGGGCUUCGCCGCCAACUUCCAGGAGAGCCUCCACUCCGUCAGCCGGGACUUGGGGGAGUUGGAACGCUUGAGUAACCUGGUGGGUAAGCCAUCCGAAAAUCACCCCCUCCAUAACAGUGGCCUCUUGAGUCUCGAUCCUGUCCAGGAUAAAACACCCCUUUACAGUCAACUGCUCCAGGCCUACAAAUGGUCAAAUAAGCUGCAAUAUCACACCGGCCUGGCCUCUGGUCUUCUGAAUCAGCAGUCGUUGAAGAGGUCAGCGAACCAAAUGGGGGUUUCUGCCAAGCGAAGGCCAAAGACCCAGCCCACCACCUUGGUGUUACCACCUCACUACGUAGAUGACGUGAUCAAUCGCAUUGACCGAAUGUUUCCGGAGAUGUCUAUUCAUCUGUCUCGGCCCAACGGGACUUCUGCCAUGUUGCUGGUAACUUUGGGAAAGGUAUUAAAAGUGAUCGUCGUGAUGAGAAGCCUCUUCAUCGACCGGACAAUCGUCAAAGGUUUCCAUGAAAAUGUCUACACGGAAGAUGGCAAGGUAAGCAUCGCUUUUGCAUCUCAAAUGGAAACGAAAAAAAGGGACUUAUGAGUUCUGGUGAGUGGG